GCUCACUUGGUGCUAGUGUCUGUGAUGGAAGAGUAGCUGGCAGGUACUUGUCGCGAGAAUGCAGCCGUUCCAAUCGUCGACCCGCCCCGAGGGCCCGAGGGAGUCCUCCCCUGAGAGGGCCAAAUCCCCCGAUACACCCACGGCACCAGUCCUCAAUUUCUCCAUAGCUCGGCUUAUGGAACCAGAUAGGAAGAAGUCAGUGAGUCCGGAACUGCCUCCACCUCCCGGGUUCUUGUCCUAUGGGGCCCAUUUAUUAGAUUCUGCGUUCAAACAGUACAUACCGGCUGCGAGACGACAGCUGGUUUCACAUUACCCAUUACUGUACUACGGUCCAGAUCUAGUUUCGUUGACUUACGCUCAUCAGUUACACUUACCCAGACCACCGCCGGUGCAAUCUCCUGUGCAACGUCCACCGAGUCCUCGAGCUCCGGCGCCCGAUCACGCCGUUUCCUCGACGACCGGUCCGACACCGUCUCCGGCAAAAAGCAAGAGCUUCGCCUGUGGUGAUUGCGGAAAAGUGUUCAAUGCUCAUUAUAAUCUGACAAGGCACAUGCCCGUUCACACCGGAGCGCGGCCUUUUGUCUGCAAGAUCUGCGGGAAAGGAUUCAGACAGGCGUCAACGUUAUGCCGACAUAAAAUCAUUCACACCUCAGAGAAACCUCACAAAUGUCUCACUUGUGGAAAAGCGUUCAACCGUUCCUCGACUCUGAACACUCACGCUCGAAUCCACGCGGGCUAUAAGCCCUUCGUUUGCGAGUUCUGCGGAAAAGGGUUCCAUCAGAAAGGUAACUACAAGAACCACCGACUCACUCACAGCGGGGAAAAAGCUUACAAAUGUAACAUUUGCAACAAAGCCUUCCACCAGAUAUACAACCUGACGUUUCACAUGCACACACACAACGAAAGAAAACCGUUUACGUGCAGUAUUUGCGCUAAAGGAUUCUGCAGAAACUUCGAUCUCAAGAAACACACCCGAAAGCUCCACAUGGGCGCCGGCAGUUCGAACAACGACUCCUCUCUAGACACGCAGGAUGAGUCGACACAAGAGGCGACCACGAGUCCCAGCGACGAAGCCAGCCGAGCUGCCUUCAGACCGUUCAUAGGGUCUUCGUAUCCACGGAUCCUGGACCCCGCUCGGAUGACUGCUCCUAACACGUUCUUCUCUAAACUCUUGUGACCCGAGAACUAUUUCAAGAGUUACAACGAAACAAAGGAAUAAGCGAAU